AUGACAGAGAAGCACGAGCUAAACCACCUUGAAACCGGCAUUCCAACAAUUGAGACUGACCCGCACCGCAAGCACAAUCUCCCAGCUGGACAUAUUCCAGCGACCCAGGAGGAGAAGGCCUUGAGCCGGGCUUUGAAUCGGAAGCUCGACAUAUGCCUCUUGCCCUUCUUGUCCUUAUUGUACCUCUUCAAUGGGUUGGACCGGUUCUUGGGUACUAAGACAGAGCAGGGCAACGUGGGAAAUGCCGAAACACAGGGCUUCACCACCGACAUUGGAGCCCAUCCUGACGACCUGAACCUGGCUGUCAGUCUGUUCUUCAUUACGUUCGUGUUGUUUCAACCUCCCUCCGCGGCAGUGGGACGAUGGAUUGGCGCCAAGUAUUGGGUCCCUAUCAUCAUGUUCUGCUGGGGGAUCCUCACAAUUUGUCAAGCAUGGGUCAAGGGCCGGGGUGCACUCAUCGCUACGCGACUGCUGAUCGGGCUCUUCGAGGCCGGCUUCUACCCUUGCUGCGUCUUCUACCUUUCAACAUUCUACACGCGAUUCGACCUCGCUGUGCGCAUCGGCCUCUUCUACGGCCAAUACGCCGUCGCGGGAGCCUUUUCCGGCUGCAUAGCCUAUGGUGUCUUCCACAUCCAAACUGGCGACAUGAAGAAUUGGCAAUACCUCUUCAUCAUCGAGGGCGGUGCUACAUGCCUGAUCGCCCUGGUCGCAUGGUUCUGGAUGCCUCUCGCUCCGGGCAGUGCAUGGUUCUUGAGCAAGAGGGAUCGUGCGUACGCAGUAGAGCGCAUGAGACUAGACAACGCCAUGUACGCCCAACAUACCUACGGGGACAGCGGCCUCGAGAACGAGCGAUUGAACAAAAGGGACGUAGUCGAGACGGCAAAGGACUGGAAGUUGUGGUAUGUCCUGUUCUUCAACAUCUUGGCCAGCGUGCCGGGCCAGGCUUUCUCGGUGUUUUUGCCACUGGUGGUGGGUGGACUGGGAUAUUCCUCGAUUGAGGCUAAUCUGAUGUCAGUACCGCCCUAUGUGUGUGGCGCCGUCGGGCUGUACCUUUUCGCGGUCAGCUCUGAUAGGAGGAAGGAACGAGGCUACCACAUCUUCUUCGGCCUCCUGAUCACGCUCGUCGGCCUGAUCAUCACCGUAACAGCCAAAACCCACGGUUCCAAAUACGCGGGUCUCUGCAUCCUGCUGUUCGGCAGCUACGUCUCCGCACCCCUGACGGUGGCCUGGCUGAGCGGGAACACGCCCGAGCCCGGCAAGCGAGCCCUCGUCCUGGGCGUCAACGGGUUCGGCAACCUCUCCGGCGUCAUUGGCUCGCAGCUGUUUCGCAAGUCAUACGCGCCCGAUUACCUCAUCCCUUUCUACGUCACGCUGGCGUUCAUUGCGAUCGCGCUGGCCGGCUACCUCGCCUACCGCUUCACACUGGCAGCCGUGAACAAGAGACGGAAAGCCAAGCUUGCGGAGAUGACGCUGGAGGAGAUUGAGGACGAAAUGACGAAUCCGCGGAGGUACGCGGAUAAGAAAUAUACAUUCAUGUAUGGAUUGUAA